GGUGGUGGUGGUGGCGGCGGCGGCGGCGGCUCCGGCUCCGGACUGGGCUCGGCUGGGAGCGAGAGACGGUCGGGGGCGCCGGGUCGAGCGCCGAUCCCCCGGCUCCACCAUCCGCCAACCGCCCGGACGCCUGGGCCGCGGAGUUUGUGUCCCGGCUCGGACCCCGGCGCCCAGCCCGGAGCCGUAACCUUGAGGCGGCGGCGGCGGGGCCGGGCCGGGCCGGGCCGGGGGGCGGCAGCGCUGGAUCCGCGGCUGCCUGAUCGUUGGCGGGAGAUGUCGAACCCCGGGACGCGCAGGAACGGCUCCAGCAUCAAGAUCCGUCUGACAGUAUUAUGUGCCAAGAACCUUGCAAAGAAAGACUUCUUCAGGCUCCCGGACCCUUUUGCGAAGGUCGUUGUGGAUGGGUCUGGGCAGUGCCACUCAACGGACACUGUGAAGAACACGCUGGACCCGAAGUGGAGCCAGCACUACGAUCUAUACGUUGGGAAAACGGAUUCUAUAACCAUCAGCGUGUGGAACCACAAGAAAAUUCACAAGAAGCAGGGAGCCGGCUUCCUGGGGUGCGUGCGGCUGCUGUCCAAUGCCAUCAGCAGAUUAAAAGAUACUGGCUACCAGCGUUUGGAUCUAUGCAAACUAAACCCCUCAGAUACUGAUGCAGUUCGUGGCCAAAUAGUGGUCAGUUUACAGACACGAGACAGAACAGGCACUGGCGGGUCCGUGGUAGACUGCAGAGGGCUGUUCGAGCACGAAGGAACUGCGUGCGAAGACUCAGGGCCUGGAAGGCCACUCAGCUGCUUCAUGGAGGAACCAGCCCCUUACACGGACGGCACCGGGGCCGCUGCUGGCGGGGGUGGCUGCAGGGCUGUGGAAUCCCCGAGUCAGGAUCAGAGGCUUCAGGCCCAGCGACUGCGAAGUCCUGAGGUCCGAGGGUCACUCCAGACGCCGCAGAACCGACCUCACGGCCACCAGUCCCCGGAGCUGCCCGAAGGCUACGAACAGAGAACAACGGUGCAGGGGCAGGUUUACUUCCUGCACACGCAGACUGGAGUUAGCACGUGGCACGACCCCAGGAUACCCAGUCCCUUGGGGACCAUUCCUGGGGGAGAUGAAGCGUUUCUAUACGAAUUCCUUCUACAAGGCCAUACAUCUGAGCCCAGAGACCUUAACAGCGUGAACUGUGACGAACUUGGACCACUGCCACCCGGUUGGGAAGUCCGAAGUACAGUUUCCGGGAGAAUAUAUUUUGUAGAUCACAAUAACCGAACAACCCAGUUUACAGACCCAAGGUUACACCACAUCAUGAAUCACCAGUGCCAACUAAAGGAGCCCAGCCAGUCGCUGCCGCUGCCCAGCGAGGGCUCCGUGGAAGACGAGGAGCUGCCCGCCCAGAGGUGUGAGAGAGACUUGGUCCAGAAGCUGAGGGUCCUCAGACACGAGCUCUCACUUCAGCAACCCCAAGCUGGCCACUGCCGCAUCGAAGUGUCCAGAGAGGAAAUAUUUGAGGAGUCCUACCGCCAGAUAAUGAAGAUGCGACCAAAAGACUUGAAAAAGCGGCUGAUGGUGAAAUUCCGGGGAGAGGAAGGUUUGGACUAUGGCGGGGUGGCGAGGGAGUGGCUUUACUUGUUGUGCCAUGAGAUGCUGAAUCCGUACUAUGGGCUCUUCCAAUAUUCCACGGACAACAUUUACAUGUUGCAAAUCAAUCCUGAUUCUUCCAUCAACCCUGACCACUUGUCUUAUUUCCAUUUUGUGGGUCGGAUCAUGGGUCUGGCUGUGUUCCAUGGACACUACAUAAACGGGGGUUUCACAGUUCCCUUCUACAAGCAGCUACUGGGGAAACCCAUCCAGCUUUCUGACUUGGAAUCGGUGGACCCGGAACUUCAUAAGAGCUUAGUGUGGAUCCUAGAGAACGACAUCACCCCCGUGCUGGACCACACGUUCUGCGUGGAGCACAGCGCUUUUGGGAGGCUGCUGCAGCACGAGCUGAAGCCCAACGGCAGGAACGUCCCCGUCACGGAGGGGAACAAGCAGGAAUACGUGCGGUUGUAUGUAAAUUGGAGGUUUAUGAGGGGGAUCGAGGCCCAGUUCCUGGCUCUUCAGAAGGGGUUUAACGAACUCAUCCCUCAACACUUACUGAAGCCUUUUGACCAGAAGGAGCUGGAGCUGAUCAUCGGCGGCCUGGACAAGAUCGACCUGGACGACUGGAGGUGCAACACGCGGCUGAAGCACUGUGGGGCGGACAGCAGCGUGGUCCGGUGGUUCUGGCAGGCGGUGGAGGCCUUCGACGAGGAGAGGCGGGCCCGGCUGCUGCAGUUCGUGACGGGCUCCACGCGGGUCCCCCUCCAGGGCUUCAAGGCGCUGCAAGGCUCUACAGGCGCCGCAGGGCCGCGGCUCUUCACCAUCCACCUGAUCGACGCGGACACAGACAACCUGCCCAAGGCCCACACCUGCUUUAACCGGAUCGACAUUCCACCCUACGAGUCAUACGAGAAGCUCUAUGAGAAGCUGCUGACAGCGGUGGAGGAGACCUGUGGGUUUGCUGUGGAGUGAAGUGCAGCCCAAGGCAGCAGACGCUAGCUGCUAGCUCACGGCCACCAGACCCCAAGCGACAGCUCUCUGUGUGCCUCCGCGAAGCCGGCUGAGGCCCUGGAAUCCCAGAACACCCGAGGGAAAGGCUUGUCUCCCCUGCUUCUCGUUGGGGGAGCAAGGGGGCGGGGGGACUUCAGUUGGUGGCUCUCACCCAUAUUUUCCUCCUGACAGAACCCCCACCCCCACCCCUUCCAUCACCCAUCCAAUAAAACGCAGCCAGGUUUAGCACUGCUUCGGUCACACAGGAUAUUCUGCUACGGUUGUUACACUUCUGGUGACAGGCUCGCUGCCCCGUGGGCUUUAGAGGAGUCUUGACCCACAGUUAUGGAGCUGAGCGGGGCUGCCUGAGGGUUCGGCCCUGGUAGCUUGACUAGCUCUUCUGUCUCAAAGCAGACCCGAGGUUUUCAAGUUCAGCAGCUCAAAUUCCAAAUUUCACAUCCUAGCAGCCUGCUCUGGGUAGCAGAUUAAUUUCUAGCUGAACAAUAACCGUAUAGUAUGUGCUUAUUGGAAUUCUGCCACAGCAGGAAGCUGGCGUCACAACCGUGCUUCCCUUUUGGAAAGGUAAGGGGAUCGGGGCAGCUUGUGCGGGAGGCCUGGGUAUUUCUUUCUUUUCAGGGUUUCCUGGCUGAAAAGUUUGUCUUGCAUAGAGAAGAGUGAUCUUUCCUUUUAAGAGUCCCUUUAGCCACGUUAUCUAUCCAGUUUGAAAUAUUUUCCCAGCGAAAACACCGCAUAACAGAGCUUAUAAACAAGCAGGCCAAACCCAGCCUCAGACCCACGCAGCCGGACGCAGGCUGCGGCCGCUGCCCCCACCUGUACUCGGAAGGGCGUUGACCGGGCCGCGUGGAAGCUAAGCAACCAUUCUGCGGAAAGCACUAAGAACUAAACUAAUAGAACAGAAUUCCAUCCUCGUAGCUGCUGGUUUGGUGCAAACUAGCUUGAAAGGGAGAGAGAGAACGGAUAACCUCCAUGACCUAAAUCCACCCCAGGUUACUCGUUCACAAGAAGUAGCUCGUGGGUGGAAACCUGACGGCAGAGAGGGGCCUCUCCACCCCGACGCGUUCAGCCCAUCUCCCCAACGUCUGACGGCGACACUUAACACCUGCUGCUCCCUUCACUCGUCCAGAUGAUGAGCAAGGCCAAAGCGGGCCGCGACCCUACAUUUCUACCACCGUUUCCUAAUUUGCACAGAAGAUCAAAUAGUAUUUUAACAAAGUGGUUUGAUUUCAGAGAGUUAAAGUUCAGCAGGAAAACAGCAGUGGCAGCAAGUUCUCCCGUAUGGUGGUGGUUUGGGUUUGGGGGGGGCGAGUGCAGGGUAGUUCAUUAGCAAGACAUUUCACUGUUAAAGUUUUGUUGUAAGUAAGGCUGCGAGUUCAGUGCUGGGAUCCAGCUGUGGGUCUGAGGUGGGUUUAAAAGGAGCCUUUUGGCCGACUGUCCCGUCGGCUCUUUUUGUUACCAACG